AUGAAAUACAUACCUCCAUUAAAUUUUUGUCCGGUGGUAAGCACAGAUGUGUCGUUAUACCGAUCAGGGUAUCCGAUGCCGUUGAACUAUAAUUUCAUCAAACACCAGUUACAUUUGAAAACAAUAAUAUAUAUCGGUGAUAAACAGGCGCCUCUUGAGGAGUACGAAACGUUCUUGGAGUUGGAAAAGAUAAAGUACCAUCAUAUUUCUAUGGAUUCCAGUCGUGACGAGGGGAUUCAGGAAAGAAUGAACCAAGUUUUGAACUUGGUGCUGGAUGUCAGGAACUAUCCCAUCUUAGUGCAUUCGAACAAGGGCAAGCACCGCGUUGGAGUAGUGGUAGGGAUCAUACGGAAACUACUGCAAGGGUGGUCUACGACGGGUAUAUAUCAAGAGUACGGGCUGUUUUCCGGUGGAAUGAAAGAUGGAGUGGACUUGGAGUUUAUCACAAUGUUUGAAACCAAUUUGAAGAUACCGAGAGACAUCGUUCCUGGUUUUGCGAAACAUUGCUUGUAUUUGAAUGAACUAGAAGCCGCGGAAGAAAGUGACGAAGGGUCUGGAAGCGAAUCUAUACUCACUGCCAGGCAAUCAUUGUGA